AUGAGUGGGAAGACCGGCAUUCAGGCCCAGAAUGAACAGUCCGGGCCAUCGGGCCAAUUGAAAUGUGUAUGGAAAUUCAUUCCUUCAACUUCUACACCCACAGCUCAACCUCUCAGCAAGUUCAUUUCUCCAGCUUCUACACCCACAGCUCAACCUCCCACCAAGUUCAUUCCUUCAGCUUCUACACCCACAGCUCAACCUCUCAGCAGGUUCAUUCCUUCAGCUUCUACACCCACAGCUCAACCUCCCACCAAGUUCAUUCCUUCAGCUUCUACACCCACAGCUCAACCUCUCAGCAGGUUCAUUCCUUCAGCUUCUACACCCACAGCUCAACCUACCAGCAAGAUCAUUCCUUCAGCUUCUAUACCCACAGCUCAACCUCCCAGCAAGUUCAUUCCUUCAGCUUCUACACCCACAGCUCAACCUACCAGCAAGAUCAUUCCUUCAGCUUCUAUACCCACAGCUCAACCUCCCAGCAAAUCAACCUCUCAGCAAGUUCAUUUCUUCAGAUUCUACACCCACAGCUCAACCUCUCAGCAGGUUCAUUCCUUCAGCUUCUAUACCCACAGCUCAACCUCCCAGCAAGUUCAUUCUUUCAGCUCCUACCUCAACCGCCGAAACUCAUACCAUCCUUGUCUCCCUUGUUAUUCUUCUUCUUCCCGCUCUAUUGAACAUAAAAAUCACGCUUCUAGGUAG